AUGGGGAAUAAGAAGAGCGGGAUGCUCUCCAAGGAGAUCCUUGAAGAUCUGAAACUGAACACAAAGUACUCAGAGGAUGAGCUGUGCAAAUGGUAUGAAAGCUUCCAGAAACAAUGCCCCGAUGGGCGCAUCGGUCGGUCUGAGUUUGAAAAGAUCUAUGCCAAUUUCUUCCCCAACUCUGACCCCAAGGUGUAUGCUCGGCAUGUCUUCCGAAGCUUUGACACCAAUGACGAUGGGACCCUUGAUUUCCGGGAGUACAUUGUCGCUCUGCAUCUGACCUCAUCUGGCAAAACCAACCUCAAGCUGGAGUGGGCUUUCUCACUUUUCGAUGUGGACCGCAAUGGAGAGAUCAGCAAGAACGAAGUUCUCGAGAUUAUUGCAGCAAUAUUUAAGAUGAUCCCUCCAGAGGAACAGAAGGUCUUGCCUGAGGAUGAAAACACCCCCCAGAAACGGGCUGACAAGUUGUGGGCAUAUUUUAACAAGGGAGAUACUGAUAAAAUUGCUGAAAAGGAGUUUAUUGACGGAGUGAUGAAGAAUGAAGCAAUAAUGAACCUCAUUCAGUACAACCCCAAGGAAAAAUAGGGGCUUCCAAGUUGGGCAGGAAGCAAAAAAACCAGAGAUGUGAAAAGGUGGCAUCCAUGAUGGAUGAACAGGCAGGGAGAAUAGUGUGUGUCUCUGUGUGUUGUGUACCAUGCGAAAGACAAAAUACAACUCUAAAACAGUGUUCCUUAUUUUCUCCAAGUCCCUCUACUUGUUCCGUUAGCAGUAGCGGCCAACCCAUUUUUAUCUUAUGGUUUUCUAGAAUUCUUCCAUGAGGGAUGGAACGAAGUUUUGGAAACUGUCACCUGAGUGGUAUUAUUUGUAGAAAGAAAAUAGCAAUAUGAU